UGAGCCGCGGGCGCGGUGCCUCCCACCUGCCGUGCCUUCACCUGUGCCACGGAAACGCCACCCCGGGGGAGGGCGGGCUGAGUGGAGAAGGGCGCGGGGCACGCUCGGCGGUGGGGUCGGGCGGGCGCCCCUGCAGAGAUCCUGGGUGCGCGAUCCAGCUGUGCAGGUGCACGGUCCGGAGGAAAGGGGGAGACCGAGGAAUUUCUGGGAGGUGCCUUUUGAGCAGCGAGCGCUUGGCUGAGGACAGGGCUUCAGGGCGACGCGAGGUCGCUGGAAGUGCAGGCUCAGCUUCCUGGUCAGGCCUGCUCAUCACCUCCUAUUCCUUCUGUGUCCCGGCCUGCGGAUACCCUGUGUUCGGCCCAGGCUGGGAAACCCGAGUCCCGCCCGCACCAUUCACAGACCCAGAGGCAUGGCUAGCUCUUCCUCCCGGGAACUGCCCCUGGUGGCUGUGUGCCAGGUGACGUCCACACCAGACAAGCAGCAGAACUUCAAAGCUUGUGCUGAGCUGGUGCGAGAGGCUGCCGGACUGGGCGCCUGUCUGGCUUUCCUGCCGGAGGCAUUUGACUUCAUUGCACGGGACCCUGCCGAGACUCUACGCCUGUCUGAGCCACUGGGAGGGGAGCUUUUGGGCGAAUAUAGCCAGCUCGCCAGGGAAUGUGGACUCUGGCUGUCCUUGGGCGGCUUCCACGAGCGCGGCCAUGACUGGGAGCAGACUCAGAAAAUCUACAAUUGCCAUGUGCUUCUGAACAGCAAGGGGUCGGUAGUGGCCACUUACAGGAAGACCCACCUGUGCGAUGUGGAGAUCCCAGGGCAGGGGCCCAUGCGCGAAAGCGACUGCACCUCGCCUGGGCCCCGCCUGGAGUCGCCCGUGAGCACCCCGGCUGGCAAGGUCGGCCUGGCUGUCUGCUACGACAUGCGGUUCCCGGAGCUCUCUCUGGCACUGGCUCAGGCUGGAGCAGAAAUACUCACCUACCCCUCAGCUUUUGGAUCUGUGACAGGCCCAGCCCACUGGGAGGUGCUGCUGCGGGCCCGCGCCAUCGAAACCCAGUGCUAUGUCGUGGCAGCAGCGCAGUGUGGACGCCACCACGAGAAGAGGGCGAGCUACGGCCACAGCAUGGUGGUGGACCCCUGGGGCGCGGUGGUGGCCCGCUGCUCAGAGGGCCCGGGCCUCUGCCUUGCCCGCAUCGACCUUGGUUACCUGCGGCGGCUGCGCCAACACCUGCCUGUGCUCCAGCACCGCAGGCCCGACCUCUACAGCAGCCUGGGCUGCCCGCUGUGAGCGGCACGGCUGGGACGUGCAGGUGGGACGCAGGAACACCCCCCAACCCCGCACUGGGAGAACCGUGACUCUUUCAAAGGAACACGGGCUCAGCUUCUUGGGAAAGAAAGUCACCUGAGCUCAGAUUUUAGUUUCAAAAAGGUGGAGUUUUAUACAGUCACUGUUUAUUUCAUGAAAACUGAAAUUAUGCUGAGGGCUGAGCAGCACUGGCAUUGAAAAAAAAUAUAAUCAUCAUAAAGUCUGUCUUGACACCUCCUUU